CUCCGGAGCGUUUUGGCGAGGCGGUCACGCAGCCGCUCUGGGCCUCCGUGGGAGCGCGCCCAGCAGCGGGAAUGCCGCCUUCGCUCUGGGAGAUCACGGGGCGCGCUUGACACCGGCACCGGGGAUGGUGCUCGCUAGCCAAGGCUCUCUCUGCCUCCCUCUCCAGGCAGAGCCGGCAGCUCAGUCCGUCUGACCCAGCCGUGGCAUCACCAGGUCUUCCACUGAAAGCCAGGGGCUUGCAGGGAGAGCGAGGGGAAUUCCCGCCUGUUAAAGGCAAAGGCAGAUGCCAGGCAGGACGAGUGUAGCAGCAGCCAGCCAAACACAGAUUGUGUUUUUAAAGAGAGAACAGAUUGUCGUGGUUCCUUCUCCUUCAUGUACAGAAACACAGUGUAUUUGACAGCAGCAGAGCAGCACGUUAGGAUGGAGGCACAAAGAUAGCUUGAGAGAACACUCAUCAAUAGACAGACAGACAACUUCUUUGUCUGCAACUGGUGUUAUCACUCCUGCCUGUUGGGACUGGGUACUUGGAAUAGAGAAGGCUCAAGAGAGAAAACUGUAAUGACAACCGCAAGGAGAAACAUGAGGAGAACUGCGGGAUAAGUGCUAUCUACUUUCCUGUGGUGCCACUCCUACCAUUGGGGUCAAUACUGGAGUUUGGAGCUGUUUUUUUGGUCAUGCAUUACUAUGGACCAUAUUUCUGGGGUGCAAAUAUAGUAAUGGCCACACUAAAGAGAAGAAAUGCAAAGGAAGUGUAUUCUGUAAAGGACCUCAACCAUUGCACUAACAGGAGCCCAGCACCAUGUGACGGAGACAAUGUUUCUUCAGCCUGCAGUGAUGAAGUGGGAGCUUAUCCAUUUGUAAGCAGUGUAGAGAGGAUCAAUUUUUCCUUAUGAAAUGGGUGAGAUGAGUAUUGGUGAAGGUGGUUUAUGCAGCUCCCACUGCUACCACGAACAUGGGAUGAUCUCAGACAUGUAGGCAGGAGGUACCUGGAGCGAGUGCUUGGUGCUGAUGAGCAUUGCUACAGUCCCAUUAGUUUUAUGUGAAAUUUAAUGAUAAUGGUACUAUUAAAGUAAACUCUUCAGACCUGAUGGAUUUUAGAAAAUGCACAAGCUGCAAUUAAUAUUCUAAACAGAUCCAGCCCUUUCUAGGAACUUGGACGUAGUCUAAGAUCAAGGAUUCACCUGCUUUCUUUUUAGAGAAAAACAUGAAAGCUGGAAUGAAGUUUUAUUGGAAGUAAUGCACUUUCAUUGUCAGUAACAGGCAAAUGAGUACUGGAGUGACAGAAGGAGUCCACCAAAGGCUGAGAUGAAGCUGUAACAUCCUGCCUGGAAAAGGGACCCUUUCCUCCAGAGUGCUGAUGGAUCAUCAGACUCACUGCAUCAAAGACAAAACUUUAUCUGCAAUAAGACCCAGCAACGACCGCCUCUAUAGAAGCUGUCAGCAGAGGUCCCUAUGGUCUGCUGAAACCUGGAGCUUCCCUUUUCUUUCCAGGAUAUGAAGAUGGACAUAAAUUGUCUCAUCAAGUCCUUUACUGCCUUGCAAGAGAUGACCAAAAGCCCAUCCCUCCCACAGCCAGCAACAGAGGAUGUGCAUUGUGGUCACUGAGGGUGGACAGAGCCACCUCCCCAGCCCUGGGGACAGCCACUGCUGCUCACCUCGCCCCUGGGUACCAGGCAGCUCUCAAGGUUCUCUAGGUGUGGCAGCUGAGACAAUGAGAAGGUAAAUGAUCUUCUGGCAGUUUGGAAACAAUAACAACUACAUGAACAUGGCAGAGGCAAAUAAUGCAUUUCUUGCUGCAAAUGAGCAGACGUUCCAUACGCCGAGCCUUGGGGACGAGGAGUUUGAAAUCCCACCCAUUACCCCCCCACCUGAGUCAGACCCCUCCCUGGGCAUGGCAGAUAUACUGCUCCCCUUUCAGGGCCUUGGUGACCAGCUGCCUGCACAAGGAAAUGAAUUUACGCCUCAGUUUCCCCCCCAGAGCUUGGAUCUUCCCUCUAUUACAAUAUCCCGGAAUCUCGUGGAGCAAGACGGCGUCAUCCACAGCAAUGGAUUGCAUAUGGAUCAGAAUCACAGCCAGGUUUCCCAGUACCGCCAGGAUCACUCUCUGAUUAUGAGAUCUAUUGUCCACAUGACUGAUGCUGCUCAUUCGGGAAUUAUGCCUCCGUCUCAGCUCACCACCAUUAACCAGUCUCAGCUGAGUGCGCAGCUGGGGCUAAAUUUAGGAGGCACUAAUUUGCCACACACUUCUCCCUCCCCUCCUGCAAGUAAAUCAGCCACUCCUUCCCCAUCUAGCUCUAUCAAUGAGGAAGAUGCAGAUGAAUCAAACAGAGCUACUGGAGAAAAAAGAGCUGCCCCAGAUUCUGGCAAGAAGCCCAAGACCCCAAAGAAGAAGAAAAAGAAAGACCCCAAUGAGCCACAAAAGCCAGUGUCAGCAUAUGCCCUUUUCUUCAGGGACACACAAGCUGCAAUUAAAGGACAGAACCCGAAUGCUACAUUUGGAGAUGUUUCAAAAAUAGUGGCAUCUAUGUGGGACAGUUUAGGAGAAGAACAAAAACAGGUAUAUAAAAGAAAAACUGAAGCUGCCAAAAAAGAAUACCUAAAGGCACUUGCUGCCUACAGAGCAAGCCUUGUUUCUAAGGCUGCUGCAGAAUCUGCUGAGGCCCAGACAAUUCGUUCUGUUCAGCAAACACUGGCAUCCACAAAUUUGUCUUCCUCCCUCAUUCUCAAUAGUUCUCUUUCUCAACACGCCACGGUGUCAGCACCUCCCCAAACUCUUCAACAGCCCCUUUCCAGAGCAAUUGCUCCAAAACCCUUGACCAUGAGACUGCCAAUGAAUCAGAUUGUAGCUUCUGUUACCAUUGCCCCAAACAUGCCAACAAACAUUGCGGCUCCGUUGAUAAGCUCCAUGGGCACAAACAUGGUGGCGACGCCGUCUUCGUCUCAACUCAGCCCCUCCAUGCAAAGCCAGCAGCACCAGAUGCAGCAGCUCCAGCAGCAACAGAUGCAGCAGAUGCAGCAGCAGCAACUACAUCAGCAUCAAAUGCAUCAGCAAAUACAACAGCAAAUGCAGCAGCAGCAUUUUCAGCACCACAUGCAGCAACAUUUGCAGCAGCAGCAGCAGCAUCUCCAGCAGCAGAUUAAUCAACAGCAGAUGCAACAGCAACUGCAGCACAUACAGCUUCAGCAAAUGCAGCAGCAGCAAAUGCAGCAUAUGCAACACCAGUCCCAGCCUUCUCCUCAGCAGCAUUCCCCGGGAGCCCCGCAGAUGACUUCUCCCAUCCCUGCCAUUGGGAGCCCUCAGCCAGCACCUCAGCAGCACCAGUCACAAAUACAAUCUCAGACACAGACUCAAGUAUUGUCACAGGUCAGUAUUUUCUGAAGAUAAACGAUCUUGCAACAUGGCUUUGUGCUGAUGGAGGGGUAGGGGUAAACCAUAUUUGGCUGAAAACUGUAAAUUGUUGAUGGUAGUUAUGCAGGGAUGCAUAACAGAUCAAAUGAUCCUCUAAAGUGUCUAUUAGAUAGGCAAUAAAGAACUACAAUGUAGCUGUGUAUCAUCUUUUAGCUGACUAUAAAUCAUUUUGUUUAAAAGAAAAAAUGCUGUUCUCUUUUUCAUGUGAUGCCUUUUUAAUUUAUUUAAGCUUUACCUACAAUAUGUGAAUCAACUGGCCUAAUAAAUACCUGGACCUUAUGACUGCAAAAUGGCCUUUCAGAGUUAUAUGCUAUAGCCCUUCUUUCUCUAAAAGUGAGUAAUGCACUUCAAGGCAGUAUGAACUCAUGAAGCCCUUAAAGCACAGUUGUAACUACCUGUAAAAUUAUGAUUGGAUUUCAUACAAUCAUACUUGUAUGACAUGAGUUAGUUGAUGGCAUUUUUUGUCAUGAAAAAAUAGAGUAAAUCACAGAUUUUUGCCAAAGCUCUUAUUUUUUUCUUUUUUUUCUCCUAAAUGUCUUCAGAAAUACAAAUGCAAGUAACUGGACAUAAAUGUUUGACCCAACUUUUCACUUCAUUUCUCCAAAUAAAUCUGCCAUAGUUUGUAAGGAAAUAUAUAUUGACAUUUACCCUCUUACGUUAAUUCCAAUUACAGAACAAAUGUGAAUAUUAUAUUCUGUGUCGAAGUGAUGAGUUUCAGAUUUAAUACACUGUAUUUUUAAAAGGGAAAUGCACUUAAAUAAAACUGUUAUUACAGAAAGCUAAGAUGAGAAAUGCAAGUUAUUAAUACGCUGUAAAACCAGUAGAAUAUUUAAAUGAAACUCCACAGCUGAAUAAUCAAUGUAAAUAUUUUCUUUAAAAGUUGUAAGUUUUCAUAUCAUGUGUUGUAAAGUUUUCAUAAAUGAGGCUUUAAUGUAAACACUGGUAACAUGAAUUAUUAAUUGCUACAUUGCUUAUUGUGUUUUUAUGCUGUUUUAUACUUUUUUAUGAGUUAUGAUAGCAGCAAUUAAGUUGUUUGUAUUUUGCUUAUCUAAAAUAAAUGCUUUUAUCUUGCUAUAGAAUAAACACAUUUCAGUAAAACUGAUGAGCUGUAAGUCUUUCAUAGAGGAACCAGAAAUGUUUCCUUCUGCAAAUGCUUUCUUGGACAUUUUUAAACUCCUUUGGAUUUUUAUCAAACAUUCUGGGUGAACAGGUAUGAAGGGAACAGAGCAAGUACUUGGCUCUUGUACCCUCCAAGAUGCUCUGCUGCAGAGCUGUGGGCAGCUUCUCUGAGGUGUCUGUGUCUUCAGAGAGAGAAAGCAAGUGCUGGCUCACAGCACAGUCAUGGUGCCCUGUGCUGGUCAUCUGCAGGAACAGGGAAGUGAGCCCCUCUCUCAGCUGUAGUGUUCAGAGAUGAAAUCAGCUCAAAUUGUUUCUUUGUAUCCCAGAGUUCCAGAUGUAAACACAGCUACUGCUUCCCUCUGUAAACCUCCAGCUCUUGACUUGGGCUGCUCCUGAGCUGUCUGACUUAACUUUCUCAUUAAGGUAGAAUGUGAUGGAGUGGGGAGGAUGGAGUGGGCAGGUCUUUCAUAUGAAGGCUUUGGAAACAUUAACAUCCAGUGUGUUGUCAGGUUAUUAGUGCUGUUCCUAUGUUUUUGCUCUGAACAGAAAGGAGAGAGCCUCUAUUUUCUUGUUUCCCUUCUUCUCCUGCAGUAUGUGUGCUGCGAGUGCAGUCUGACCACUAUCCCCAGUUGUCUGGCAUGAUUAAUUACAGCAUCUGUCCUGUCAGAAGCUAUAAUGAAGAGGUCUUGAUAAAAAUUGCAAAUUACCACUGGCAACAAUCUUAAACUGCUUAUGAUAAAAUGAAAAUUAAAAACAGCAAGUGUCAAGCCUGAGCAGAAUCCUAAUCCUGUUUGAGGCAUGGCUACCAUGCUCAGAGUACAACCCAAAAAUAAUGGAAUAGAGAUCCCCAAAAAGUUGCAGCCAGACUUAAGGGAAGAGGUACUGCACUGUGUGAGUUUCUUCAUAAUGAAUUCAUCUUUCAAUAUUUCAUCAUCCUCAGGUACUCUGCUUAUUAUGUACAAAUAUUGAACAGCAAGAGAUUCUAAUUAUAAAUUUAUAGAUUUCUUGGAGCAGAAAAAAUCAUAUAUAAAUUGAAGCUUUUCAUAAUAGGUGUUAGUUGACAGCUACCCAUGCUCCUAAUAGCCUUAGCAUGAUAUCUAAUAAUGCCUGGAAUGGAGGGUGUUUAUUCCAAGUGCAAGGAAGCCUGUCUGCAUUAGAAAUGGCACGACAGAGGCUGGUUGGGAGAGAUUUUUUCUGUGUCAGUUUUAACCAAUGUUACGUAACAAAGGAAACCAUUUUAUAGUGGUUUUUGAAACCUUUAGACAAAUGUCUUCAGAAAUAAUUGCUAAACUGCAUGUGAUAGUAAUUGUGUAUUAGUUCUAUAAUUGUCAUUUUGAAGACCUAUGAAGUAUCGUUGGAAAAAUGUCACAAGUGAUAAGAGUUAAUUACAACUGAAGUCUGUUUUCAACUAUUUGCAGCGAGAAGCAGGUGUUAUUACACUCAUUAAAUGGUUUCAUAAAUCCUGGGUUUUAUCACAUUUGAUUAAGAGCUGCUGAACUACUGAUGUUCAAUUCCAGGAAAAAUAGUUUUAAUUACUGCAGCUAAAAAAAAAAAGAAAAUUAAUCAUCAAGCAGGACACUGUACAUUUUAAAUAUCAAAAUUUGAAUCUUGAAAAACUGGAGCAUCCCCCUGCUUGCCACAAAAUUAUAUUUUGCAUUACCCACAAUACCAUAUUGCAGAACAUCUUGUGUUUCAAACUGUGCAAGUUUGUGUUCAUGUUCCCUAAAUCUAAGUGAAUAACUGUGCUAUCAUAGGUCAUAAAUAAAACUGUUAGUUUAAAUCGCUUGAUAUGCAAUUUAUACAAGAAAAAUGCAAUAAUCUGUACGGUUUCAGUGUUGUGCAUGGUUUUUAAGAAUGUUUUUCUUCAUAGCAUUUACAAGCACUUAACUGCUGCCUUCUUUUCCCAAGGUUUCAGAUGCUUUAUCACCUCGGUUAACCACAUUCUACUUUCACAUUAACCCAGGUUGACACAUGAUGAAAGAACAUAAGGAGGUUUAAUUUUUAGCUGACACAGGGUCAUUAGUUUCUAACUUGGAGAACAAAACCUUUAAAUACCUCUGUGCAACAUAAUCUCAAUUUUAUAUUAUCACCUGACCAUUGUGGUUUGCAGGACAGAUGGAUUAAAUAUCUCAAGUUUAACCACAAGUCUUGCACUGACUCUUUUCAAUGGGGAUUCCUAUUUGAAUGGCUCCUUUUUCAUUUCUCACUUCAUGGAGUAUUUUGCAGCACUGGACUGCAUUCUAACCUUUCCCUCCCCCCUUUGUUUGGCUUUUGUUUUGCAACAGCUGUUAUUAUCGUUUUUGGUCAGCUGUGAUUGCUGGAGGCAAAAUAGGACCAGAUGGUGUUUUGCUAUGCAUGAAUGGCGAGUUAGAGGAGUUUAGAUUGAAUAGGCCAAGUUUGAAUGGUGUCUAUGCACCACCUGCCCUCUUCAGCAGCAGCACACACAUCAUAGGAGCAUGAUCUGUCUCAGACCUACUAGAAUUGGAUGGGAAUGGAGAGCGCCUCGUUGGAUUUUCUCCAUAUUUAUUGAUCUUCCAUGCACUAACAGCAUAAUGCAGUACACAGUCAAUUUGAGUUAAUUGGAUAUGACACAGCAUGUACAUGUAAUCUAUCACCAGAGUCUCCUGGUACACUUUAGGGUUUGCUGCCACAAGAACAUGCAGUAUUAGCCUGCAUUAAUAGGCUAAGUGGAUGGAAGUAAACCAGGAUCAUUGUAGGGUUUGAUUUGACAAAAUAUACUGUAGUUUUACAAUUGUACCCUUGAAACUGCCAGAAAUGCAGUUCACUAUGAACAUUUCUGAUUUGAUAGACGGGGGCUGAGUGUUUAGUCACAGAAAAAUAUAUGUCAUUUCUACACAUUUCUGUGAGGUUUGCCAGUGAAAUUUAAACAAAUGUAGGGAGCAGCAUUCAUAGGGAUGGGCCAGUGCCAUUCAGAAUAAUACCAAAGGGCUGCUUUGGUAACCUAAAACUGGCCAGAGAGGUGGAAUUUAAAUGUUACAUAAAUGUAAGAACUAUUGUAUGCUCUGUUAAGGCUGACUGAAAGACAUGGGGUGUGAAAGACUUGUGUCUGGAUGUUACAGAAGAAAAUACAUAUGUUAUGAGUAAUGAAAAAAUAUAUAACAAUAAUAUAUAAUACAUAAAUUGCUUGCAUUGUUACAGCAAUUGGAUGUUUCAAAGCCUACUUAAUAUGUGACUGAGGGCUGCGAUCAUGCUCUAAGUUGGCAGGAGCUGCUCACUCGGCGUCUUUGUCUGUGGUGUCAGGUAGCCAAGUGAGCUACUUUAUUAUGAAAAUUGCAUCCAACUGAAAAAAUGCUAAAUAUUUUCAAGUGCCUGUGGGAAAAGCUAGGUUUGUAUUAAAGGAUUUGGUUCUUAAAGUCACCAAGAAGUUAAUGCUUCUCAGGUGCAUCGGAGGGAGAGAAUUUUCGAUUCUAAUACGAAAAUCUUUGAGAAGUGAAUGUAUUGCUUUGAACGAGCUGCUGUGACACUUCAAUAGCCUACAUUGGAGAUUUAGAAUGCAUUCUGUUUACCUCAGUUAAAAACCAGAAGUGGUAUUUUAAAUAGUGGGUUUUGUUUGAGUUCUUUGAGCAUUAACAUCUUCAGCCCCUAAACAAGCCAAAGCAAUGGAGAGUUUUCUUAGAAGGCUUGAAAUUAAAUUUAUUUUGCUCUUCUUGAUUAAAAAAAAAAAAAAAAAAAAAACAGAAAAUUAUACUUGUCUUGCAGUUAUAUGGACACUUCUUCCAGGUAUCCUUUAUUCUCCUUCCUCUCCAGGAAUAUCUUUAUGAUGCAGUUAUCUUUGGUCUGUUAUUUUUCUCCAAACUGGAGUUGCCACAUCAUUGUAACUCUGCUGCUCUAAUUGUAAAAGAGAGGCUUUGAUCCAGAAAAUAAUUUAAAAUGAGCUGAUAAUUCAUGUAUAAAGGUAGUAAUUUCAUUGAAGUGACUACUCAUAUGCUCUGUUACGCAGUUGCUCAAGUGAUUUUAUAGGUCAGGGGUCUAAUUGC